AUGUCGGCAAAGAUUCAAAAGACGCUUGCACGACAGCAAGAGAAGGUCAAAGAAGGCCAAUUCUACGAAGCUCAUCAACAGCUACGCGUUAUCGCAUCCCGCUACACAAAGUCGAGCGACUGGGGUUCCGCCGUGGAUCUACUCGCCUCCGGUGCUUCGAUGCUCCUCAAGGCUGGUCAAGGAGCAUCUGGAGGUGACUUAUGCAUGUUCCUCAUGGAUGUUUACGGCAAGGCCGAACUCAAGCCCGAUACUACAAACAAGGCGCGCCUGUUGAGUCUAUUGCGCGAAUUUCCCGAGGGAGAACCUACAAGAAAGAGAUUUGCUGGAGAAGUGAUCGGAUGGUCUUCCAAGUUGGGCGAAUAUCCUGCUGGAGACCCUGAACUGCACCAUGUCAUAGGCACACUCUAUGCCGAGGACGGCGAGGCUAUUGAAGCGGAAAAACAUCUCACGCUGGGAACGGCGGACUCAGCAGCAACCUUCUCCUCACUCGAAUACGACUGGUACACAUCCGAUGAGCCGUCGACUGCCCCACUCUACGCAGCUCGUGUUGUAUUCCCUUACUUACUGGUUGGCAAUGUUCGUGCCGCAAACAAAGCCUUCCUGCUAUUCACAUCCAAGUUGUCGUCAUCAAAUCCCGGUCUCGGCGUGCAAGAAGUUGGCUCUACCUCAUCCGAUCUACGUGUGUACCCCAGCCUGCCGCUACUCAACUUCCUUGGUCUUCUCUUGUUGGCCGUCGAGAAAGGAUCCGCGGAUGUUUUCAAACAGCUCAAGAGUCAUUACGCCUCAUACAUCAGAGACGCAGGAAACUGGAACGAAGCGCUCGCCCAGGUCGGAGAGAUGUACUUUGGCAUCAAGAUCCCUAGUCAGAGCAAUCCGCUAUUCGACAUGAUGAAUUCGUUUAUGGGAGGAGGUGGUUCGGGAGGUCAGAAAGCGGCCAGCAGAAGAGUGGAAGCAGCACCUGCUCCAGCUCCCGCAUUGGAUUAA